AAAAUUUUGACGCGCAAGCGCAGAACCCAAGAUGUCGGCCUGCGUCGGAAGUACGGGGCGUGGCCUCCUCCGCGACCUCUGGAGCUUCGAGGACGAGGACGAUAGCGCCAGCAGCAAACGGCCGAGCGAGGCCUCGAGCCUCCGGUCGCCGAACCCGCUCCUUCUUAUCCAGACCCACGACAGCGACAGUGACGACGAUACCAAGGCGUACGGCGCUGUCGACGUGGGCCUCCGCGCGCUCGACCUCGUCGUGUCGCCAAGCGCGAGCACCGUGCUCAAGGAAGGGUGGCUCGUCAAGCGCGGUCACAACUGGCACACGUGGAAGACGCGAUGGUUCGUGCUCUACCGCGACGCGCGUCUCGUCUACUACCGCAAUCCCAAGCUCAAGAAGGUCAAGGGUUGCUUGCGUCUCGACGACGGGAUCGUCAAGGUGCAGUUUGCUGACACGUACCAGACGAAGCGCAAGUACAGCUUCCAAGUCGUCAAGGGCUACUAUGUGCUCUUCUGCAGUUGCACGACCAAGGUCGAGGCCGACGAGUGGGUCCACGCACUCCGCCGCGUGCGGACGCAGAGUCCGUCCGACACGGAAGGGCCCGUGAGCUUGACGUCGCUCGUGGCAAACGAGACGUCGAUCGCUGCGAAGCUCGCGAGCAAGCCGCAUGCAAGCACCAUCGACCGCCAAAUCGAGCUCUUCCGGCUUCGCGCCACGACCACGGUCGCGGGCAACAACCCCAUGACGCCGACGUCGUUGUUGCGCUUCAUCUCGGAGCUGGAGAAUCAGAUCAUGCAGUCUAUCUUCUUUAGCAACGACGACGAUACGCGGCUUGCGGUGCGCUACUACAUUGAAGACAAGGUCUUCCUGCCGCUCAUCGAGCUCUUCUACAGCGGCGUCAAUCGACACGCCCAUGCGCCAUCGCCAACACACCUCCAGAAGCUCCGGAACUUACCACCGCACCACUUGAACCCGUCUGAUGCGACGGACGACUGGUCGUUUGCGAUCAAUAGCCUCAGCACGAUCGACACGGUGUCGCUACCGUCCCAUAAGCUCUGGGUGCUCUUGGAAACGAUUGCGUGGAUCGACGAAACGCUGCGGGCGACACCCGCCGCAACGCCCGAGUCACGGCGAUGCGUCCUCUCGUACGUCCUUGUGCACGCGGCGAUCGAGGACCUUGCGGUGCUGGCGCAGCUACUGCAGUGGACCCAGCUGUACCUGCCGCGCUGCGGUCACAUCAACGACAACGAGUACUUUGCACACUUUGUAGACGCGCUCGCGUGGCUUCAGCGCUACGAUGGGUCGGUCGGCGCGACGUCGAUCCCGGCGCUUACGCUGCCGUUCUCGACCCCCGAGAUUGGCAUCCAACUCAGCGCUGUCGUAAGCGACCGCGGCGCGCGCGUCGCGAGCAUCAAGAAGCACUCGCAAGCGAGCUUGUGUCCCGCACUCACGUCCGACCUCGUCCUUCUCGGCAUCAACGAGACGCUCGUGCUCUCCUGGACCUUGUUGGAUAUUGUCGACUUUCUCCGCGCCGCGCCGCUCCCCAAGCGCUUGGUGUUCGUCUCGGACGCCGACUAUGAGAAGCUUCUUGCGACCCCCGACUUUGACGCGUUUCUCUUUUGCCUCUGCGCGUCCCGCGGCGAUGUCCUUGGUCUCCAAGCACUCGUGGAUGAGCACGGCGACGCGCCACUGCACCGUGUGUGCAAGUGGGAUCGAGGGCUUUUGCUCGCGAGCCUGCCGUGGCUCCCGGCGUCGCACGACACGCCGCUGCACGCGGCUGUUAGCGCCGGCCAAGCUCACAUGGUGGUCGAGCUUCUCGACGAACAUCGUGUCAACCCCACGGUUUGCAACGCGGCGGGGCAAACGCCGCUCCACGUCCUCCAGUCGCACAUUCCCGAAAUCGCACCGACGCUGUUUGGGCACGGCGGGCAGCGCAUCCUCGACUGCCGAGACCCGCGCGGGUACACCCCGCUCAUGCUGCAGUGCAGUCGCGGCAACGUCGAAGGUGUCGUAACCCUCCUCGGGCUCGGCGCCGAUCUCAACGCGGUCGCGUGGUCCAACGGCACGACUGCGUUCUGCGAGGCGGUGGCGGCUGGUGACCUGAGCCUCGUCGACGUGUGUCUCUUGCGCGGCGCCAACGUGCGCCACGCGAAUCUGCAGCGGGAGACACCGCUGCAUAUCGCGGCGCGUGCCGGCCAACCUAAGCUCAUCCAGCGUCUCCUUGUCGGCGGUGCGCUGAUCUCGACGCAGAACCGUCUCGGGAUGACGCCUGCUGCGGUGUUACUGCAAGCGCCCCCGGCCUCGUCGCACGUGCUUUUGGACUGCCUCGCGCUGCUUGCGACGCCGUCCGUGCUCGAAAUCCCCGACUUGUGGGGCCGGCGCCUCGUCCAUUAUGCAAGCCAGCUCGAGGUCGGUCUCAAGGACGUCAUGGAACUCCUGCUUGGACGCGGCGCCAACGGCCACGUUGUCGACCUCUUUGGGGACGCACCGCGCGAGUAUCGACGCCACCCGAAAGACCACGGCGUGCAGUACGCUCCGCCAACCGCGUACAUGCGGCACCUUAGCGUGACGCUCACCACCACGGCCGACGGGAAGCUCCAGCUCCAAAGCGGCCGGCUCGAGGAUCUGCUCACGUACUUGGUUGCGGACAAGUCGAUGCGCCUCCACGAUAUGUUUGCGUUCGUCCUCAACAGCACGACGUACAUGGACAUGGCGUCGCUGCUCGUGCUUCUCAAAGCCAAGACCGUCCAGAGCCAAAAGGGCCUCAAGAAGGCGUGGAGUGUUGCCAACUUCCAGCGCGACCCAAAUUGCGGCGCGCUCUUCUUCCUUGCGCUCGCAGCGUACUUGCAUCCCGGGCUUGCGUUGACGCCCGAGUUUACCGACUGCCUUGGCGUCAUCGGAACUUCAACCCAGCUUGCUGUCUACGUGAGCGGCCUCGAGCGCUACUACCGCGCGGCCGCACCGUCCUCGCUGUACGCCGAUCUGUAUGCCCACAUGCUGGGCAUGUACGGCGCCAAGCCGAGCUACGAUGGCGCCCGCGCCCGCCUCGGUCGCCUCAACCCGAUGGCGACGAGUGCGCUCGACUUGGCGCGGCAGUGCACGCUCGUGUCACACGCGGUCUUUGCACAGAUCCCGAUCCGGCAGCUACUGCAGCCCAAGUGCAAUCACACUGGUUUCUUGGCGGCUCGGCACUGGUUCCAGCACCUCUCGGCGCUCGUGAUCAACUAUGUGCUGCUGGAAGAGUCGCCCCAAGCCCGCGCUGACGUCAUCGCCUUCUUUGUCGAGGUGGCCGUGCAUUGCUUUGAGACGUUUCAGAACUUUGAUUCGUUCAUUGCGAUCUUGUACGCUCUGCAGUCGACCGCCGUCUUCCGCCUCAAGCGGACCAUGAGCUACUUGAGCCCCGCGACCGCCGAGACGCUCGCCAAGUACCAAGUGUACACCCAGAACGGGUCACGAGACAUGAACCGCGUCAUGAAGACGGUCAAGCCGCCAUGCAUGCCCUACAUUGGCCUCUACCUCCAGAACGUCGUCGGGCUCCACGAGCUACCCAAGUACGAAGAAGAGAUGAUUGUCAACUUCAACCGGCUACGCCUGCUCGGGUCGCUGGCCCAAGACCUUUUGAGCUACCAGUCGACGCCGUAUCCCAUGACCUCGAGCUACAAGAUGGAGGCGCUUCUCCAUGUCGACCUCGCCUUCCCGACCGACGAAGCGCGCUAUGAGCGGUCCCAUGCGAUCGAGUCCCGCGCGUCCAUUGACGCGCUCGAGGCAGAGACGUCGCCGCCCGAGACGCCCCGCCGGAGCUCCAUCAGCCGCGACUCGGUCGACUCGGCCGCGAGCCUCUUCCCACGCCUGCGCUUUAGCUCGUUCUCGUCCAAGCGCGACCGGACGAGUAGCGUGGCCGGUCUUGUGUGGGUUUAGUUAGUUGAUGGAAACCGACUUAGUCGAUGGAACGUCCGUUUGCGAUAGUGUUUGACAGGU